AUGCAGUCGCGGUGCUUUCAGCCCACCUUUAACCAUCGCACAGCUGCUUCUCUCUUCAGAACGAGCGCUCACCGUCUAUCGUCCCGCUCAACUGCCCCUAGAAAUCACCUUCAGUCGUCCAGCUAUGUAGCUCUAUACCACUCAUAUCCUCCAGGUCUCAAUCCCGUCAAGCCACUUAAACUUCCCCGCGAACACCACAGCCUACUACCCCUCGUCCAUUCAUGCAAUAACCUCAUCCUCUCCAACCACCCUUGGCAUUCGGACACACCACACACCGUCGCGACGCGGACAGCGCAAGGCGAUCUAAUCGACCAAGAAACCGUCGUCCCCUUUGUCAUCUCGCACGAUCACCGCGACUAUCCGGCCGUGGGUUUCAUCCGCCCCCAGGUCGCAGCGGCGUUAGAAGAGGACCACCAGAAGCACCUCGUCUCGGGCUCUGCUUCGCCCUGGGACCUUCGUUACUCAAAGGAGCUGCCCAAGGUGCUCAAGGCUGUCGCGUUUGCUCCCUGGGUCAACGAGGGUGGCAAGUACACGCGCACUAUGCACAUGGAGAGGCUCAUUUACGACUGGAGGAAGCAUGAUGUCUUUUCCGAUAUUCUCAAGGGGUGGAGCGAUGAAGCGUAUCCAGUCUACACACACGCUCCUCAGCAAAUCAGCACGAACCAUGAUCCCAUAGCCUUUGCUAUUGAGCGUGCCGCUCUCCCCUUGUUCGGCCUCGUCAACUUUGGUGUUCUCCUUACAGCUUAUGUUCGUGACCCUUCUACCGGACGAAUACAAGUCUUUAUCCCUCGUCGAUCUCUCAACAAACGAACAUGGCCUGGAAAGCUAGAUGUGACGGUAGUGGGAGGUAUGGGACUCGGGGAAUCCGCCAUGGAUACCAUUUUGCAUGAAUCGGUAGAGGAGGCUCUCCUUGAUCACGACUACGUGAAAGAGCAUAUCCAAUCUGUCGGUGGCCUCCCCUUCCCCAAUCGUUCGCCAAAAGGCUGGAUCAUCCCAGGAAUGUACUACCUAUACGACUUGGAACUCCCACCAGAUGGUUCGUUGACACCGCGAAUCAACGCUUUAGACGGAGAGGUGGAGGCAUUCGAGCUUCUCGAUGUACAAAACGUCUUGCAAAACCUCGUCGAAGGCCGCUUCAAACCGAGCUCAGCUAUGGCUAUUGUCGAUUUUCUCAUACGACACGGCUAUUUAACCGAGGACACAGAUCCAAGAUACCUCGAUGUCUGUCGUAUACUCAAGACAGACAUCAAGCUCCCGGUCGCAUGGAGGUCAUAUCCGUGA